AUGAAAUAUGACGGAACGCAAGACCCCCUGGAACACUUGACGGCCUUUGAGGCCAGGAUGAACCUAGAAGGGGUGGGAGAUGAGGUCAGAUGCCGCGCCUUCCCAGUCACCUUAGCGGGCCCAGCAAUACGGUGGUUUAACAACCUCCCGCAAGGCUCGGUGACCCAAUUUUCCGACAUCAGCCACGCCUUCUUGGCUCAGUUCACAACCAGGAUUGUCAAAGCCAAACACCUAAUUAAUUUGCUGGGGGUAACACAGAGACCCGGAGAGCCGACCAGGAAGUACCUGGACCGUUUUAAUGACGAGUGCUUGGAGAUUGACGGUCUGACGGACUCAGUGGCAAGUUUGUGCUUAACGAACGGGCUGUCAAAUGAGGAUUUCAGGAAACACCUCACCACGAAGCCCGUCUGGACGAUGCAAGAGAUCCAGGACGGCAAACUCGCCGAUUUCUCCCACCUUAUAAGGGAACCAAGGAGACGCAACCGGGACAACGACAACGAAGACAGAUCCCGACCAACAAGACGACGACAGGAACCAGAGGGUGACGAAUACGGUCUCACGGUGGUAAACGUGGUGACGGCCAGGAAUACCGCCCCGAGGUCGAAAUCGGCACAGAAGAAAGAUGCCAAGGUCCUAGCGGUCUCCACCUCACCUGUUAGAAGUCUUAAGGGUCUCCCACCUAUCUCUUUCGGCCCGGAGGACCAAUGGGAUAGACCCCCAGCUCAUGUCGCAUCACCUGGCCGUAAAGGCAGGAGCCAAACCAAUGGCCCAGAGAAGGAGGAAAAUGUCGCAGGAAAGGGCGGACGAGGUAGCCAAGCAAACGGCCAGCCUCUUAGAAGCGGGAUUCAUCCGGGAACUGGACUACUCGACUUGGUUGUCGAAUGUGGUUCUGGUUAA